AUGGAAGAUCCAGUAAAUAUUGAGUUAUUAAUUGAAGAAAAAGUUAACUUAGCUUUAGAAUUGAUUGAUAAGCUAGAGAGUAAUUACUCAAAGGUCGAUGGAGCCAUAAAAACAAAAAGAUCCAUCGAAAAGGAAAUGAAAUUUCUUCAAAAGCUUAAAUCAGUGAAUGACAUUGAAAGUGUUCGAAGGCAACUCCAUUGCACGAAUUUAAACUUUUACAGUCAUUUAGUAAAUUCAUUAGAUCGGUACUCAAAAUAUCACAAAGUUUCAGCAAUAGCACAAGUUAAAAGGAGAAAUAGUGACGACAAGGCAAUAAGAAUUGAUAUCGUCUGUGAUGAUAGUAAUGAAGUCUUAUGGAUUAAGAUUAUAGCUCGUAACAGUGAAUCAAUAAUUGAUGAAGUUAUGGGCAGAUGUGAAUAUGGCUGUAAAGAUGUGCUGGAAGUUGGUGAAGAAUAUUUAGAUAUAGCACUGGAUACGGAAGUAAAUUUCUUUCGACCACCAAAAGUUAUUUUUGAUUUCCUUAAUCCUGUCGAUGAGAGUAUCGAGAAUGAAUUAGAAGAGAAUGGAAUAAUUUUAGGUAGAAAGUAUCAAGCAUGUGAAUCUCUAAGAGAUGAUCAACAAGUGUCAAAAACAUUAAAUGUCGAUGUAUCAACAAUGCUGGCCUAUAUUAGUGAAUUGUCAAAUGGUGGAAUUAAUUAUAAGUUUGAUGAACAACUUUUAGAAGAUCAAGUAGCUGUUGAACGAAAGGAACCAAUUAAACCCGUACUCGAUAAGAUUUUUGAUGGGAAGAAGCUGAUUGCAUGCGAAACUGCUGUGAAAUCAUUCGAUGAGAUAAUCAAACUUCUUGCUGGUCCAAAUGAGACACGACGAGCUGAAGAAUUCAAAAGUCGCAUCACAGUCCUUACAGAUGUUGAACAUCCAGAAGAAAUUAUAAAUUUAGACUUGUCAGCACAAAUUAAGGAACGUUCAAGAAAAAUCUUCGCUUUUGGAAUAUUUCAUAAAGCAGUGACUGCAUCCUCAAAUUGUGGCUUUAAACGAGCUGCAAAGAUGAAGAAUUUAGAUAUCCCAAUUAUAAAUCAUUCUGCACGAGCGUUGAGUGAACUGAAACAACGUGAAAAAAUUGACACUUAA